CUCACUCAUUGCAACCCAGACGUUUGACUUUUCUUCCUGAUUGUAAGCAUGCAGCAAUUCUUAGUAUUCUCCGCCACCGCCAACACACUUGCAUGCUCUCCAUCUGCCUUUCCGGCCGCCCUCCACCGCCGUGUAGCGCCGAUCUCAGCCAUUGCCGCCCCGCCGCAGCCGCUCCGUUACCAGACGACGCACUCGAUGCCCCCCGAAAAAGUCGAGAUUUUCAAGUCGCUAGAGUCCUGGGCGUCGAACUCGGUCCUCCCUCUCCUGAAGCCGGUGGAGAAAUGCUGGCAGCCCAACGAGUUCCUCCCCGACCCGUCCCGUCCCUCCGACGAGUUCUUCGAUGAGGUUCGGGCGCUCCGGGAACGGAACUCCGGCCUUCCGGACGAUUACUUUGUGGUUCUGGUCGGCGAUAUGAUCACCGAGGACGCGCUGCCGACUUAUCAGACCAUGAUUAACACGCUUGACGGGGUGCGCGAUGAGACCGGCGCCAGCCAGAAUCCUUGGGCGGCUUGGACUCGAGCCUGGACCGCCGAGGAGAACCGCCACGGCGAUUUGCUCCGGACCUACCUCUACCUUUCGGGUCGGGUCGAUAUGACCAUGAUCGAAAAAACGGUGCAGUACUUGCUUGGCGUUGGAAUGGAUCCGGGCACGGAAAACAACCCGUAUUUGGGAUUCGUAUACACGUCAUUCCAAGAGCGAGCCACAUUCGUGUCGCACGGCAACACGGCUCGGCUAGCCAAGGAGGGCGGCGAUCUGGCGCUGGCGCGCAUUUGCGGCAGCAUUGCGGCGGACGAGAAGCGGCACGAGAACGCGUACGCGAACAUCGUGGAGAAGCUGCUGGAAGUGGACCCCAACGGCGCCAUGCUCGCCAUAGCCGACAUGAUGAGGAAGAAGAUCACAAUGCCGGCUCACCUCAUGUACGACGGCCAAGAUAUUAAUCUCUUCGAGCACUUCUCGGCGGUGGCUCAGCGCCUCGGCGUUUACACGGCUCACGACUACGCGGAUAUCUUGGAGUUUUUGAUCGGACGGUGGAAACUGGAGAAGAUGGAGGGAUUGAACGGGGAUGGAAGAGGCGCACAGGACUUCGUGUGUAGACUGCCGUUGAGGAUUAGGAAGCUGCAAGAGCGAGCCGACGAGAGAGCCAAGAAGUUGGCGCCGCGUGGGGUGAAGUUCAGCUGGAUUUUCAACAGGGAGGUUACUAUAUAAUAUAUGAAAUUUAAUUUAAUUCAGGAUGAUAUGAUAUAAAUCAUGAGAAUGGAUUGCCUCGUUAUUAUUAUUUUGUUCUUUUAAUGUAUAAAUAU